AAUCUUAAAUGGGCUGACGAACGAUUUAUACAAAAAGAAAAAGGAGUCUAAAAAGGAAUACUAUAUCGCCUUGGAUAUCAUCUACCAUUGCUGUUACCAUCAAAACCUUACAGUAGCUUUGGAAAGGACUUUACAACUAUCACAGACGACGAAUGAGGGUCGCUUUGGCAGACAGUUACUGAAGGCAGUAACAAUGCAUAAUACGCUGGCUUAUUUUCGAUUAUACCACCACAAUCCUUAUUUGACCUUCAAAAUUUUAAUGAAGAACCAUAAUGAUUUUAUGUGCAAGAAAGCACUUCAAAUUAUGAGAAAAUCGUACUUAUCCAGUCCUAUUGCAUGGAUUGGGCAAUGGAUAGGUGAACAUGACGGCAAUACUAUCAUCAAAAAAAUGGAUCGCUUGAUACAACCCACUUGUAUUAAAACAAUUGACUAUGAUAGACAAACAAUCCAUUUUAUUAAAAAUUUCAAAUAAAAUGUGCCAUCCCUAUUGAUUGCUUAUAGGCCACCAUUGAUCAGAAUGAGGACGGUUGAACAUAGGAUAGGGCAGUUCCUUUGACAUUCAGUAGUGUUGAAAAGUUCGCUCCUCGUCUAUUGUUCCUGGAAAGAAAAGUACUGAAUUCAACAGUCAUGAAAAGCAGUCCAACGUUUGAAAAUGCACGGUUAUUAGGUUUCUUAUGAAAAAGAAAUCAUUUGCUGUUCAAACUCUUUUGACAGUGAAAUCAGGCCAGUGAAUCA